UUCCGUUUACUGUGCAAUAAAGUGAAAGUGUUCGGAUUUAUCAAUGCGUACGCGUAUUCCGCUUUCGACUUCGCCACCAACCAUUGCUGCAAGUUACCAUUACCAGGUGGACCUAGUUCCCGCCAGUUUGCGUUCAUUGUGGCUAGUUGUUGUUCGUGCCAUCGAUAAAGACGUUUAGUGGUGUUUUUAGAGUUUCGCCAUCUGGUCACUUAAGCAGUUUCGUUUUUUUUUACGAAAGUUAACCAAACAAGCCCAAAAUGCCCAGCAUCAAGUUGCAAUCUUCGGAUGAGGAGAUCUUUGACACGGAUAUCCAGAUCGCCAAGUGCUCCGGCACCAUCAAGACCAUGCUGGAGGACUGCGGAAUGGAGGACGAUGAGAAUGCCAUUGUUCCGUUGCCCAAUGUGAAUUCGACGAUCCUUCGCAAGGUGCUUACCUGGGCGCACUACCACAAGGACGACCCCCAGCCAACGGAGGAUGAUGAGAGCAAGGAGAAGCGGACAGACGACAUUAUCUCAUGGGAUGCAGAUUUCCUAAAAGUCGACCAGGGCACAUUGUUUGAGCUCAUUUUGGCAGCGAACUAUCUGGACAUCAAGGGCCUCCUGGAGCUCACCUGCAAGACUGUUGCAAACAUGAUUAAGGGAAAGACUCCCGAGGAAAUACGCAAGACCUUCAACAUUAAAAAGGACUUCUCGCCCGCCGAGGAGGAGCAGGUGCGCAAGGAGAACGAGUGGUGCGAGGAGAAGUAAGGCGCGGCAUUUCGCGGGACCAACAUAAAGUUGAAAACAGCUAGGGGAUGCGGGAACGAGUUGGAUUUGCAGCAUUGCAACUUUACUUAGUUGCUACUUUUAUUAUUUUAUUUUAUUUUUUUAACCCCAGCAGGGACUCAUUUUGAAUUGUGUAUAAAUGAUCUGCUGCUGAUGUGAUUCGCGGGGUUAAUCUUUUGUCGUAAAUAUAUCUCAUAUACAUACAUAUGCGAGAUUGUAACACUCUCUUUAACCUACACUUGAUUUCACUUUAAUAAAUAUAACUACCCAACACAAA